AUGACACACGCAUUACCAAAAGUUGUUAAAUCUCAACUCGUUCAAGAUAUUGGAGUUGCCCUUAUUUUAGGUUCAAUUGCAGGUUGUUUCUUUAAAUAUGGCGUUGAUAAAAAAAAGCAAAGAGAAAGAGUUGCUUUCUAUGAAAAAUACGACAAAGAAGACUUGUAA